UGGAGAGAAAGUAGCAGAACGAGAGCGAGAGAGGGAUCUUUAUUCGACGGGAAAAAACCCUAACAAACACACACUCUCUCAAUUUCUAGGUUCAUCUCCGUAUCAAAAUACACUUAAACCGAAACAAAUAAACCCCAACUCAUUGCGAUUCAGACAAGUAAUUUUGUUUCUUCGAUUUAUUAUUACAUCAAUCGAUUUCUCAGAAGAAUCAAUCAUUCUUCGAUUUGAUCAAUCCAAAAAUACGUUUUUUCUUUCUUUUCUUUUAUUUGUCAUACAGGUUGAGUUUUGAUAGUACGAGUGUUCACAUAUGAGGCAUGGUUGCUUCAACUAGUCAUGGUUUUUGUAACUCACAUUAUCAACAUGAUGAUCCAUUCAUAUCUAGAAAGAGGCGAAAGACAUUAAAUUCCCAGGUGACCAAUACUUGUAUAGGCGAUAUUGCUCAUACUUCUGUAUCCAAUAGGUGCUCGGGGGAUGAAAUACAUCGAUCUUCGUCAAUUUGUGAUCCUAGUGAAGGAUUAGGUUCACAUGUUGCAAUGGAGGGUAGUAGUACACAGCAGGACAGUAGUGGUGGAGGAACUCCUAAGUCAUGUGGUGGCGGAGAAACACAGUGCCAUGACCGGAGUUUACCUGGAUAUACUCAACCUGUUUAUGUCAGUGGGUGGAUGUAUGUUAAUCAAAAUGGGCAAAUGUGUGGUCCAUAUAUUCAAGAACAGCUAUAUGAGGGUUUGUCAAGUGGGUUCUUGCCAGAAGAGCUUCCUGUAUUUGCUGUUGUAAAUGAAGCCUUACUUAAUUCAGUGCCGUUGAAGUACUUUAGGCAAUUUCCCAACCAUGUAGCUACUGGUUUUUCUUAUUUGAACACAAAGGUGCAAGCAGUGACACCAUCUAAUCAGUUUACGAAUGGUUCUACUUCCAAUGGAGUCGCGACUUCAUAUGAACAACUGAAUUCAUCGAACUCGAAGUCAAUACCACAUUCACAUGUUGGCGAUGCUAAUCAUGAGUCUGAACCUCAAAGUUCGAAAAAUGAAGCAACCAAUCCAGAUUCAUCAGAUAUGCCUGUGUCCUACGAAGAAUCUUGUUGGGUGUUCGGGGAUGAGGAGGGUAGAAAACAUGGUCCACAUUCGCUUGCAGAAAUUUAUUCGUGGCAUCAACAUGGAUAUCUUCCAGAAACUUUGAUGAUUCGCCAUAAGGAUUGCAGAUAUGAACCCUUCACUCUUUUGUCUAUUCUAAGCACAUGGAGAACAAAUAGUUCCAAUGUUGUCUCUCCAGAGAAUUUAAAAAACGACGACACCAGCUUCAUAGCCGAUGUAUCAGAAGAAGUUUCUACCCAACUGCACUCUGGAAUAAUGAAAGCAGCUCGUCGAGUGUUGCUGGAUGAGAUAAUUAGUAGCGUAGUACCAGAUUUUAUGGCUAUGAAGAAAGCUCAGAGACUACUUGAAGCUGAGGCAAGAAAAGAAGCUGUCAGCAGUUGUCCAACAGACAAUAAGGCUAUGGUUGUUCCAGAGAGAAAAAGUUCUGUCGAUUCAGGGCUUGAGGAUGUCAACAGUUGUUUUCCAACAGACAGCAAGGCUAUGGUUGUUCCAGAGAGAAAAAAUUCUGUCGAUGCAGGGCUUGAGGAUGUCGUGCCAUCGCCAGAUGCCUGUGGAACUCCUGUUAUGUCACAGAGUACACGAUCUAUUCGGAGCAGUGAAAGAAUUGCAGAGUCCGUGGCGAUAAAGAAAUCUCAGAGACAUCUCAGAUACGAGGCCAGGAAACAGGCUGCCAAGGCUUGUCCUUCCGCAGGCGAAAGGGCCGAGGUUGGUGAAGAGAGCAAUAACAUUGCUGCUUCUGGGGACGCAGCUGCUGUUCUUACACCUGAUUCACAGGAAGUUCCUAUGCAAUCUCCCAAAAAUAUGAGAUCGAUUGGAAGCAUUGGAAAUUUUACGGGGGCAGUCUCGGUAGCUCGCAAGGCAUGUUUUGAAUCUUGUAUGGAGGUCAUGUGGAAUGCUGUCUUUUAUGACCCAGUAUCAGAUUAUUCUUGUAGCUGGCGGAAGAGAAAACGCUGGUCACAGGAUCAAACCAAAGCAGAGUCUCCUGUUUGCGUCAAUGAUGAGGGUCCUCCAGGUCUUAGACCUCCGUUGGAGAACCCUGACACUUGUUCACAGUCAUUGUCCAUCUCAGAAGUAGAUUCUUCUCAGAAAAUCAAAGAUAUUCAAGUGAUGGUAGAAGGUGCACUACAUUUGUCUGCACAAGUUUCUCUGACCGAGUACUAUAAGGAUUUUUUGGAGGAGGAAUGUGCGAAGCUGAAGGCUUCGGUGGAGGGCAAGGAUCCAAGUGGUGUCACCUUUUCAAGUAGUCCUACAGAUGUUGUUGAUCUAGAAAAGCGCGCUGGUGAGUCUUCUGUUUCUGCAGAAGCUGUUCCAUCAGGCAGUCUCCUGACUGCUGCGACAUCCUCCCUCACUUCUCCGCGAGGUCAACCUGAAAAUUUUCUAUCAACUCGUUUUGAAAGUGCAUUUGAGAAACUAGGUUUGCCAGUAGUUGACGUUGUCGAUGACCAAGACUUUGAUGAGCCACCUCCACCUGGGCUAGAUGAGAGUUAUGUAUAUGCUGACCCAUCUCAGAGUAUCAAGUACCGACCAUCCAAGUCUGAUGAGUUUGUUUCCAAGAUGGGGGAGUUUGUUUCGCUCGCAAUGUUUCGGCAGAAGUUGCAUAAAGAUGUACUUGGAAAAUGGAGAUCUACAGUUUUUAGCAGUUCUCUUCAGCAGUGCUUCACUACAUGGCGCGCUUCACAAAAUCCCUCUGCAAUAGCUGUUGCUGAUGAAGGAACAUCAAAUUCUAGCAAAGGAAGAAAUACCAACUCAGCUGCUUUACCAGGAAAUCAUGGAGAACAAAGAUCAAGGAGUGCACCAUCGCGUAAAAAAAAGUCGGCUCGGAAGAAGUUAGGAUCUUUAUCUGUAUGUUUGGCUUCAAAGGAUAUUCAGUUGCUGCAUGAUGAUGUGAAAUCUGGUAAUCAGGAAAGUGGUGUACUUUCUGAAUCAUUGGAACUGAGAGCUGUAGAAAACCUUCCAAAGGUUAAUAUAAGCAAACUAGCAUCUUCUGUGAAGAAUAGCAAAAAAACUCGGAAAAUUGUUGAAAACAAUGGGACUAAUGAACCGACCAGAAAGCCAGGUAGGGACAAGGUCAUAGAAGAUGAUGCAAAUGGUACAGCUAAGGACCAAAUUGGCACAAAGAAGGUUGUGGAUACCAGCGGCCAUGAUCCUAAAUCUCGGAAGGAACAUAAUGGGCGUAGUUCUGACAAAUUACCUAGUUCUAACCAGGCGUUGCAUCAGAAAAGAAAGAAAUCUUUCAGUGAUCAUCCUUCAUCUCGUCCCGCUAAAGUAUCGAAGACACCUAACAUUCUGUCUUUGGCUCUUCCUUCUCAAGAAGAUAAAACGCUAGACAGAACCAGUGACCCAUCAUCAUCUUGUUCAGCAGAAUUUUGGAAUGCAGCAAACAUUAUCAUUGGGCUGGCUUCACCUCCUGUUGGAAACAUGCGAAACGGAAUUAAUGACCAGUCAUCUCGUCCUAGUACAUUUUCGAAAGUUCCAAAUGGAAUCAAUGACAAACACUCAUCUGGCUGUGCUAAAGUUUCGAAAAUAUGUAAUGAAACUGCUGCGAAGAAAGAAAACAUCAGAGACACAGCAGUUCGGAAGGUCAAGUCAUGUAAAAUCAGAAAACUUAAGACAUGUCCAAAAUCAGAUGGGUGUGCUCGGGCUUCUAUCAGUGGCUGGGAGUGGCAUAAUUGGUCAAUUAAAGCUAGUUCUACUGAAAAGGCUCGUGUUAGAGGAUCUCACUGUGGUCAGGUUCAAAAUUUUGGUUCUGAGUUCUACACGUACCAGUCUGCAAAUGCAAAAGGUCUAUCUGCAAGAACAAAUAGGAUUAAGCUUCGAAAUCUUCUAGCAGCUGCAGAGGGUGCUGACCUUCUUAAAAUUACCCAGUUGAAGUCAAGGAAAAAGCGACUGCGUUUCCAACGAAGCAAGAUCCAUGAUUGGGGUCUUGUUGCCUUGGAACCAAUUGAGGCUGAGGAUUUUGUGAUUGAAUAUGUUGGUGAAUUGAUUCGUCCUCAGAUAUCAGAUAUACGCGAGCGUCAUUAUGAAAAGAUGGGAAUUGGCAGCAGUUAUCUUUUUAGGCUGGAUGAUGGUUAUGUGGUUGAUGCUACAAAGCGUGGUGGAAUCGCAAGGUUUAUAAACCAUUCAUGUGAGCCUAAUUGUUAUACAAAGAUUAUUGCUGUCGAUGGUCAGAAAAAGAUCUUCAUUUAUGCGAAACGGCAUAUCUCGCCCGGUGAAGAAUUAACUUACAAUUACAAGUUUCCACUCGAGGACGAGAAGAUCCCCUGCAAUUGUGGUUCUAAUAGGUGUCGUGGAUCAAUGAACUAGAAGCUUGGGUCGCUAUCCUUGGUCUGUAUUUACCUGCUGCUGUGCUGCUACUUUAACACACAGCUAGUGAUGAGAGAGAGCUAAAGUGACUAUAGGUGGCUGGCCAAGAAGUAAAGCUGGUUCUUGCAGAAGCUUUUGUGAUCUUAAUCCUUCGUGGAAGACACAACUGAAGGAACAAUAUGAGAUGCAGAGUAAGGGUGCGUCAUCAAGCUUCCUGUGAUUCCCCAGUUUUGGAGUUUUCACUUUGUCUUGAAGAUCUGUCAAAGAGUAGACGGUUAAGUUACGUGCACAUGUAGGUUGGGUCUUCGUUGCAGUGCAGAUGAGUUUCUUCACUUGGUACUGUAAAUCGGCUUAUUCUUUUUCCUACCACAAAUGGGGCUGUUGGAAUAUCAAACCUCUGUACAGAAACAGUCCAUCAAAUUAGUUAAAUCGGUAUAAAGAUAUAACUUACAGAAAGACUGAUAUUAGGAUAACCUUUCAAAUCUUGGUAUCUCACUUCAUCAUGUCCUUUUAAAGGUUUGUGAAUAUUUCUAUUUUGUUUCAAUGGAAAUCAUUUUUUUGGCAUUCUGUCGUCA